GCGCCCCUCCUCCUCCCGCCGGCCUCCGCUUCCCAGAAUCCAAGAUGGCGGGAUCCAGGCAAAGGGGUCCCCAGGCCAGAGUUCGGCCUCUUUUCUGCGCCCUGCUGCUGUCGCUUAGUCGCUUCGCGGGGGGCGACGGCAUGGGAGGCGACCCUGCGGCCGCUGGUACCGCGGGCACCGGAGCCGCGUCACCACACCGCCGUUUCGAGUACAAAUACAGCUUCAAGGGGCCGCACCUGGUGCAGAGCGACGGGACAGUGCCCUUCUGGGCCCACGCGGGGAAUGCUAUUCCAAGUUCAGAUCAAAUUCGAAUAGCACCAUCUUUAAAAAGCCAAAGAGGAUCGGUGUGGACAAAAACAAAAGCAGCCUUCGAGAACUGGGAAGUUGAGGUGACAUUUCGAGUGACUGGAAGAGGUCGAAUUGGAGCUGAUGGCCUGGCAGUUUGGUAUACAGAAAAUCACGGCUUGGAGGGUCCUGUGUUUGGAUCAGCUGAUAUGUGGAAUGGUGUUGGAAUAUUUUUUGAUUCUUUCGACAAUGACGGAAAGAAAAAUAAUCCUGCUAUAGUAAUUAUAGGCAACAAUGGACAAAUCCAUUAUGACCAUCAAAACGAUGGUGCUAGUCAAGCUUUAGCAAGUUGCCAGAGAGACUUUCGUAAUAAACCCUAUCCUGUCCGGGCAAAGAUCACGUAUUAUCAGAAAACACUGACAGUAAUGAUCAAUAAUGGCUUCACACCAGAUAAAAAUGACUAUGAAUUCUGCGCCAGAGUGGACAAUAUGGUUGUCCCUUCUCAAGGGCAUUUUGGCAUAUCUGCUGCAACUGGCGGUCUUGCAGAUGACCACGAUGUCCUUUCUUUUCUGACCUUCCAGUUAACUGAGCCUGGGAAAGAGCUGCCUACACCAGAUAAAGACAUUUCAGAAAAAGAAAAAGAAAAGUAUCAGGAGGAAUUUGAGCACUUUCAACAAGAAUUGGAUAAAAAAAAGGAGGAAUUCCAGAAAGGCCACCCUGACCUUCAGGGGCAUCCUGCGGAUGAAAUAUUUGAGAGCAUGGGAGACCGCGAGCUGAGACAAAUCUUCGAAGGACAGAAUCGCAUCCAUCUAGAAAUCAAGCAGCUGAACCGACAGUUAGACAUGAUUCUUGAUGAACAGAGAAGAUACGUCUCUUCCUUGACAGAGGAGAUCUCUAAAAGAGGAGCAGGAAUCCCAGGGCAGCAGGGACAGAUCACCCAACAAGAGCUGGAUACCGUUGUGAACACUCAGCACGAGAUCCUGAGACAAGUAAAUGAAAUGAAGAAUUCCAUGAGUGAGACUGUCAGACUGGUCAGCGGCAUGCAGCAUCCGGGGUCUGCAGGGGGGGUGUACGAGUCAACCCAGCACUUCAAUGACAUCAAAGAGCACCUUCACAUCGUGAAGCGGGACAUAGACAACUUAGUGCAGCGAAACAUGCCAUCAAAUGAAAGACCAAAAUGCCCAGAACUGCCACCGUUUCCAUCGUGUUUAUCUACGAUGCACUUCCUUGUAUUUGUAGUGGUACAAACGGUGUUGUUCAUUGGCUAUAUCAUGUAUAGGACUCAGCAAGAAGCAGCUGCCAAAAAAUUCUUUUGACCACCAUUUUCAUAUGUGAACAUCAUGUAUGUAUGUACAAAAUGUUGUCUUUUUGAGGGAAUUUAAGUAUUUAAAUUGCUUCAUAGUCUAAAUUAUUAAAUUUUGUAUAAAAUGUCUGUUUAAACAUUGAUUUGCAGUAAGAAUAAACCUUAAAACAGAGACAACUACAUGUAAAUUUGUGCAUAGUACAUAAAUCUAUUUAAAUUUCAGUGAAUUUCUGGCCAGUAGAAUACAGCCACUGAACAGAAUAUUGAUAAGUAAGAUGGUAAAUAUUAGAAACUAGGGGCAAGUUACCCCUAAAUCUCCACACCUGCCUUCCUGCCCCCCCCCCAAACUAUGUGGUCCAGUCAUGUUUAUUUUAUAACCAGAGUCUUUUUAAGAGGUCAGGGUUUCCUACUCCCAGACCCAGUCCAGCAGUCCUUCUAGCUAAUGUCAUCCCUUUGAAAUCAAAGAAUAUUUUGUCUGAGAGCUGUAGAAGCUAGAUAAUAGGCUUCAGAAUGUUGAAAUAUCUUUCCUUCUGAUGAUCAGUGAUACGUUUCACUUUUAAAGGACAUUUGGGGGGAAAAUUAAUAGCUGCUCUUUGCCUGGAAAACCAUUUAGGUUUGAAAAUGUUCCUCUGAUACUGGUUUUCUGGUUCUGCCUGGUGAUGUGCUCAGUUCAUGACCGUGCGUGUUCGUGACUGUCUCCAUGCCAACGGUAUCAGUUCAAUAGGAUGAAAAUAAUUUUUGCAUUUAUGUUUGUAAUUGAAGGAACUUAUUUCUCCCAUUUUGUAUAGUGUGUAAAUUCAGCUCAGAUCGCGCGUCCUAGGGAGGUUUUAAGUUCACCAGAAAACCUACCACUGCCUUGCGGUUUACAUCACCCGUAGUCUGUUGUCGUUUAGAUCAGGGAGGCUGGAGUAGAACCAGUGUUCAGACUUUGGAAGGCAACAUUUGAAAAAUAGAAUGAAUACUUCUGAUUUUUUUUUUUUUUUAAUGCCAGAACUAAGGAUAUUGUGAAGCACUUGUUAGGAAGCUUAACCUUGAAAUGUCAGACUGGAGGGGGGGUUGUGGUCUUCGUACGUGGUUGUCCUAGGUGUUCUAGAAUCAGCCUGAAAAGGACAUUUUAAAAUGCAGACUUCAUGUUGUUUUCACAGAUGAUGUUGACCUAUGUUUUUGCUGACUUCAAAAUACUCUUUUACCUCUUUUAGCUAAGUAGUUAAUCUUUCAUUUGUCAUAGACUCCAAAAUAAGAAAUUAUACUGUUCUAUAAAACAGUACCAUUUCAUUCUUCCAAACCUUCAUAAAUUUGUUCUCAAAUGUCAUUUACAGAUUGGGCCAACUGCCUAAAAUCUAUAAUGAGGACCUCUGCAUUAUAGCAGUACCUACUUCGUACUAUGUACGCAAGCAGUCCUAGCAUUGCUUUUUAUAUUAGCAUUUACCCUGGAAUGCUGGAUAAGAAUAUUCUAAUGACUACUCACUCUGCUUUGGUCACUUUAACAGAGAAAAUGCUUCUCUGGUGUUUCUCCUUUGUGGUAUUCACGUUUUGAAAUUCAUGUUCCAGAGACAUCAUCACAGAAUUUGCUCUUUAUGGGGGGGGGGGAACCUUCAGAAGAAUAUUUAAGUUAUGGGCUGUGAAAGUUGGGAAAUCCUCUUGAGAUAAAAGGCUGCAAAAUUUCCAGUGUUAUAAAAUCCGUGGUCACAUGUGCCUGAACGGACUAAGGGGACACCAGACAUUGUGUGCAGUGACGUCGCUCAGGCUACAGUUUGAGAGGAAUCGUGCUGAUCGUUACCAGCUCAAGUGGAGAGAGCUAUUACGAAAAUGCAUGAAUCUUUUUCUUUUUUAGUUAGUCAUUUAAUUUACGUGAAAAUCAGUAAAGCAGUUCGCACAGGCUGUUCAUCAUAUUUGAAAUCCGGUUAUUUUCCUCAAAAUCAUUGACUUUUUAAGUAGCUCAUUUCUGAAGAAAAAUGUUUGCUUUGUGGAAAAAUCAGUCACUGCCAGGAUUCUUUCAUUUCUGUACUAUUUUGUAUAAUUAAAUUUGUUACCUUCUCUCACACCAGCAAGUAUUUUACGGUGCCUUGGAUUAAAACAAAAUUUUUGGUUUUAAAAUUUUAGUGUAAGUCAUCGUGCCUGUGAUGCUACUUUUAAAAAGAAAUCCAAUGACAUAACGGCUAAUACUUUUUUUUUAAAUGUACCUGUUUGUGUUCUAAUUGUUUGAAUGUUUUAUUCAGCUUGAAACUUUACUAAGAAGCCACAAACAAUAAACAGUGUUUUAUUAUGUGCUAAAGGGACAUCAGUGUUUCUCAAAGUGUGGUCCGUGGACCACGUGGGUCAUGGUGUGCUUGUGAAGCAUGCGGAUUCCAGGGCUCCAUUCUAAAUCACCUGAGUCAAAAUUCAGGGGUGGGGCUUCAGAAUAUCGCUUUUCAACAGGCACCUCAGGUGAUUCUGAGCACACUAGUGUCUGAGAACCACUGAGAUGGGGAGUGGAAAAGAAGUAUUUUGUUUUGUUGGUUUAAAGCUCAGCUGAGAGCAUAAUACACCAUUUUCAUUGUCGAUGAUAUUAGCAAACGUGCACUGAUUCUUUUAUUCUUACAAUUAAUGUUCUUCUUGCUAAAACUCUUGGUUUAUGAACAACCACAAACUAAACCCAGAUUAUUGCCUGUCGCUCUUGGUACUUUAGUUGAUGGCUUUUAAACUUACAAAAUCAUCAGAUCAUGGUCAAGCCAUG